UCAGAAGUGCCUGACAGUCCUAACUCGACUUCAGGCUGUGAUAGAUUACGCGCGACGAUAUACCCACAGACGCACACGCACACACACACACACACACACGUUAGCUUCUUCUCUCCGCGAGCGCGUCGAUCGCUGAGAGGAAAAGUCGACCAGUGCGUUUUGUUGUUGUAAAAUUUGAAUUUUUUUUCCUUCCCGCGCCUUCACUGCCAGUGCCCUCUGCGGGGGUGCGAAGGGCUGCGCGGAGACGGCAGAUUCAAAGUGCGGGGGAUAAGUGUCUUGUGCUGGGAGAAUCGCCGGCUGUAUAGUGUUCGUGCGAGUGACGGAGAUGGUACGUGGACCGCGUUGCUGCUGAGGCCAACGUCUGAGUAAACAAUCCAACCGUCAGAUUCAAGAUGAAGUCGUUCAAGCUGGUCCACCUACUGCUCCUGCUCUUCCUUCUCAGCUGGGACGAGGUCAGCUGCCUGUGCUCCCUGGACCAGACAACCGCGGCGAGAUGCCACGACCUCGAAGACGCCCGCUACAUCGAGACCUACCACCUGCACACGCUCCGAGCGCCCUCCUACUCUAGGGUCCUCGCGCCCGGCAACUUUCGCAACCUGACGAGUCUGCGCCACCUCGACCUAUCCGGCGGUCGGAUCGAGAGCAUCGAGAGCGGCAGCUUCGCCAAGCUCGGCUCCCUGCAGACCCUCAACCUCGCCGAGAACAAGCUCAGGCAUCUGGAGGCAGGCGCCUUCGACGGACUCAAGCACGUGCACAGCCUCAGGCUCGGCAACAACGCCAUCAGGCAGCUGCCCUCCGCCCUGAUGAGUCUCAAGGAGCUGAGGCUCCUCGACCUGUCGAGCAAUCCGCUGAACUGCAACUGCCCGAGCUUGAAGCUCAGAGAUGCGCUGCUGGCCAGGGGGGUCAAGAUAUCCAAGAAGACCACCUGCGCCGAGCCGGCCUCCGUCAAGCACGCCUCGAUCCUCAAGCCCGACACGAAGAUGACCUGUCUGUUUGAGAAGCAGGACGAGGAGAUGCAGGCCGACCAACCGAUCGACGAGGGAUCCGGAGAGGCUGAGCCCAUCAACGAGGAGGACGAGACCCUGGACGAAGCCGAGAAGGAUCUCGACGUGGAGGAGAAGGACGUGGAGCAGCCCGAGAUCGGUGAGAACGAAGCCGAGACGCUGCCCCCGGCUUCCUCUCCCGAGCCGAGCUCCUCGGUCGAACCAGCCGAAGUUUCGUCGAGCGAGGACCUGUCGGUCACGACCAUCGCCUCGAGAGACGACAUCACGUUCGACGACACCGAGAGGGAAGCCACGACCUCGAUACCCGUCGAGGAGAAGAACGCCAGCGACGAGCCGAUCGUCUCGUCCAGCUCGGAGACUGUACCCGAGGGCGUCAUGGAUGACCUUGUCUACGCCGUCGCCGAGAAGAAGAAUACCACCGACGUGCCGAUCGUCUCGUCCAGCUCGACGAAGCCCGAGAAAACCGACGAGAUCAUUGUGCCGGACGUGGGCUCCGGUGAGACCGACGCCGACGUGGACGAAGGCUCCGGAUCCGAAGGCUCCGGUAUGAUCGCCCGGAUGCCCGCCAUCGACUUUAACGAGACCGGCGCGGGCCCCGAGGAGGAGGAGGUUCAGAUCAGCCCAUCCUCGACCACGUCCACCUCGACGACGACCGAGGGCUCCAUCUGGGGUGGCUGGAACUUGGGCAGCGUCUUGAGCAACUUGAAUCCCUUCGGCUCGUCCGAGACGACGGAACAGCCUCAGUCCCCGGAGAAGAGCGCCGAAGAGGAAAUCAAGGAGGACGGCUUCAUCCCAGCGGGGCAAGAGCCUCCCAAGCCUGAGGUCUUCGACGUGGUCGAGGAUCCCGUACUCCCGCCAAAAAUCGUCGUGCCGGACGAGGCGCUGAAGCAGAGCCCCAGGACUCUGGAGGCGCCCAAGGAAGUCGUGGCCGUGGAGGAAACGAACGACCUGACCGGUCCCGAGAUGUCCACCGAGUCCAAGAAGGGCAUGGGAUCUUACAUCGUGCUAGCGGCUCUACUGGCGAUCCUCGCCGGUCUGAUCGGUAUCGCCGCCUACAAGGGUGACUUCUGCCGGAAGAAGCGGAAACGCAAUGACGUCGAGCGCGGCACCGAGCUCAAGGACAUGCAGCGCUCACUCCUCGAACAAAACGCCGGGGCCGUACCGCCCAAGAUCCAGGCCAACGGCAACACCAUGGAGAACGUGCCUCUGAUGACCUGCGCUCCACCUGAGGAACCCAAGGACAACCAGCGCAGCUACGACAUCACCCCGACGGCGCCGCUCACCAACGGCAACGGCAGAGCCGUUGGCGUCACCCAGGACACCAGUGACCCGGUCAAACCACCCAGGAAAGGCCAGGAGAUCGAGGCUCCUCUCAACGGACUGAACCCACCCAUGGAAGCCAUCGACGCCGUCGACGACCCCAGGACGAGUCUGCACAGCAACUGCUCUGACGAGCUGCUGCAGAAUGGUGGGGACUACGACGGCGAGGGGCCACCUCUCAGUCCCGGCGCGCAGCGCGUCAAGAUCACGAUGCAGGACAACCCCGACAGCGUACCCAAGACGCCGAUCCUCAUCACGCGGCUCAAGGGCGGCGAGAACCUAGUCAAGACGCCCUGAAACGCCGCGUGCGAGGAUUUGAGUGACGUUCGUACAUACAGUGAAGUGAAAUGACGAUGAUUUUUUUCAUUCAGUUCCGCGAAAACUCUACUCGACUGCGAAUGAUCGAAGUGUGUAAUCCGAGAGAGAUAGAUAUACAGUGCAAUAUGUGCCUUUGUACACUUGUACACCUAUAGAAGAAAUAUCGAGUACGACGUUGCUUCUCCUUUUUUUUGUUUUAAUUGUUGUCAAAGAUGAGCGGACACUAGUCACUCCUUGUACGAUUCUAUAUAUUUCUUUCACGAGCCAAUAUGAGAGAUAAGUUUGUAUUAGUGAGUAUACGCAUACACGUAUGGAAGAAUAGAGACUUUUUCACUGUUGACUAUGAUCAUUUCGAUUUCGGACACGAAGCACGACGAUGUGUUAAAGUUGUAUGUUUGCGUACGAGGAAAGUUUGCAAUACUUUGAUGCUGACGUACAUUUGAAGAUUCAUCUUUCGCUCUUCGUAUUUCGGUAUUACGGAACGAAAACAACGUCAAAACAAUAACGAGUUUACAAUUAUGUAAAAUAUAUAUUUAAGUACACGUUUAAAUUUGAAUAAAAACAAUGUUUUUCGCGAGCGCGCGCACUCGUCCUCUUCAUCCUAUCUAUCUUGAAGGUAUAUCAAAGUUGCUUUUAUUCAAAUGUAAAUAAAUCGUGCUCAAAACUAAAUAAAUCAUGUACUAUAAGCAACUAUUCCAUAAAUUUAAUCUUAUUUAGUAACUUUACCUUAUAGACGUUGAGGUAUAAACUUCCUAGAUCAUUAGGUGUGUAAGAAAUACGAAUAGUAUAACAAUUAUAUUUUUGUGACUUUUUUUAACAGUUCUCGCGCAUAACUGUAAGGUUGAGAUUUGUAUAUUAACUUAUUCGACUAUACAUUUAUCUGUCUGUUUAAUAUGCAUCAUUAGAUUCUUCUGUAAAUUGUAAUGUAGUUAAUUAUAUUAAUUCUCUAGAAAAUCGAAUAAAGUUGCGCAAAAACUAUUUACUCAGACAAAAUUAUCUUUUUAAAAUGCGAAGGUAUUUGCAUGAAUGAAGUAGAAAUAGUAAGCAGAUUCUCUUUUCAUCCAAGAAACAACAAAAUAGUAACACAUAGGCUGUACAAUUAAUGUAACGUAAGGCUUUUAAUUUAUAAAUAUAAUGGCUGCCUUAAAUCAGUAAAUCGAAUCAAUAUUUUAGUUUGUUGCAAAAAACAAAUGGAGAUUCUUUUUUUCCAAUUCCUCGCUGAACCGGUGCGUUGCUAAGCGAGCCUUUUCACGUUUCAUUCGUUAUCUCUUCGUUUCAGCCUACAUCGAGUUCGUCGACCUUAUCGGUUCGGCGUAUCUACAUCGGAUAAGGCAGAAUACACGCAGCUUUUACUAUUGCGUCAAGGAAAAAGUGAGCCAUCUUCUUAUAAAUAGGUAUAGGCGUAUAUACGUAAGCUGUACGUAUACACCUAGGCCUAUUUGUAUAAUCGUUAGAAGCGCGACAUCAUAUAUGUAUAUGUAUACGUAAAGUAUGUGACAAUGUAGGUACUAUACAAGUUUUACGCUACGUUAGAGUUGAAAUAUUUUUUAAUGACUGUAGCUAUAUGUAUCUGUAUAUUUGUACGUAAAAACGAUGGUUAUAGAUAUUUUUGUAAUAACGAAAAACCAAUGUAAUUUAGAGAUUAAAUAGUUUCAGAAAUUAUACAUCAUACUUCUUUAAAUUUUGUAAUAAUAUUUUAUUUACAUAAACAUCGAUAAUCUACAUAUUAUA